AUGGGCUAUGUCGACGGAGAAGAAGAAGAAAAAGCAGAGAAUCAGUUCCAGCGUUUGCCGGACGACGUCGUCGUAGACAUUUUCGACAAGCUCUCCGACAUCAAAUGCCUCUGCCGAUGCUUCAUGGUCUCCCAGCGAUUCUCUUCCCUCAUCCCUCGCGUCCAAACGCUCUCCAUCAAAACCCAAAUCUGGGACUUCCUUUCCCUUUCCCUUAAACUUUCCGAACCCGAGAAUCCCCAAGGAAAUGGGUUUCUCGGAAAAUUCUCCAAAUUCCUAAUCAGCAACCUGGUCCUCAAACCCCUUCGAUACCUCCCCGAUCUCACCCUCUCACCUUGUUCGCGAUUCAACUUGUCUGGCGUAUUGUUCUUCCGAAAGUUGACACAGAUUAGGUCGCUGAAUAUCGAAAUUCCCUCCGAUUUCAUGGAUGAAAACGAUUCCUUUUUCAAAUGGGGCACCAAUUUCCCCAAACUCGACAGCAUCACGGUUCUUUACGCUUCAUGUAUCUCUAAAAUCAUGGAAUCUGAACAAGAGGACGAAACCAACAAUGAUAUAACUCUGGAAGAGAUAGAUCGCCGGUUAGCAGUAGCCUGUAAGUGCGUAAAAGUUGCGUUGUUGUGGGUGUGCAUCUUGUCUUAUGUGGUCGAGUUUUACCCAAUGCUUGAGAGCUUUACCAUUUGCGAUUCGAUGAACAAGGGGGUGAAGCUCUGUUUGGGUGGUGAAAAGCUUGUGGAGUGCAGGAAUUGUUUCAGUGUAAACAAGUUUGUGUCGUUGAUGGAAAGGCCCAACUUUUCGAGGCGAGAGAAUAUGAAGGUCGGGUAUGUGUCUGUUUUAGAGCUCCCUAUGUCUGGGUAUGUGAUGAAAGGCUUGACCAUUAUGAACUUCAGAAUAUGUGCGGAUGAUGAUUCCGAGGCUGGAAAGGCCAUGGUGGAUGCGUUUGUGGAGGAGCAAAGUGUUUUUUCAGAAGCCAUGGUGCAGAUUUGGGAAAACCGUAAGGACGGUAUCAAGGCAAUGUUUCUUUAUGGUAGUAACACAGUUGCACAUACGACGUUCACUUGGUUAUUCUAUCUUUUCCGUGGAACAAUUUGUAUUAUUUGCAAUGAAGUAGAAAAGAAAAAAGCUCAUUAUCAGGUUGAGAAGGUGGAAUUCUUUCCACUCUAUAGUAGAGAAGAAAAUCCAAUGAUAGGAAAUGACUAA